CCGAUAAAUUACAGGGGCUGUCUCCAUUCGUCCCUCCGACACCUCCCAAUAAAAAGCCACCGCCCCACUCGCCGGAGCCCGGCCGCCGGGAUGCCUCAAGAUUCGCGCCCAGCCGGGAUGCGCCUCUUCGGCGUCACCAUCGCGCCGGCGCCCCAACCGGCGCAGGAGGCGGAUCCGCCGGACCGGGAUCCGAGCCCAAACCCGCCGGUGGCGGCGAGGGAGGACGUGAUGCGCAAGUGCAAGAGCAUGGGCAACCUCGCCGCCGUCGGUGCCUCCACGGACGGUGUUGGCGCCGGCGAUGGGUACCUCUCCGACGGCGGGUUGAUGCAAUCCCCCGGGAAGCGGCGGAGAGCGCAGGAGAGGAAGAAAGCUGUUCCUUGGACUGAAGAAGAGCAUAGGACAUUUCUUGCCGGGCUUGAAAAGCUAGGAAAGGGAGACUGGAGGGGUAUAGCAAAAAAUUUUGUUACUACCAGAACACCAACUCAAGUGGCGAGUCAUGCUCAGAAAUAUUUCCUCAGACAAACUAAUCCAAACAAGAAGAAGCGCAGAUCUAGUCUUUUCGAUAUGAUGCCAAGCGAUCUGUCACCAGCACUAAAUUGCCCCAUCUUACCACCAUCAAUGGCAAAAGUACAUGACAUGGUAGCUAUGACUAAGCAACUCCAGAACAGCAACUUGGAAGGAGUUUCAUCUUCGAAUACUGCUAAUAUAGCACCUCAAGUUGGAAGAGAUCUCCCCCCAGUUCCAUCUUUUAAGGCAAACAAUAUAGAUUCAAGUUUCAGCAAAUUUGACCACAUGGAGCGCUUCUAUAGAACAUCAUUUCCGUUCAGACCAGUUCCUAGAGCCCCCGAAGGGACAUCUUCAUCAACUCCUGCUACUGCCAAUAUAAUUGCUCCGGCAUCUCAAGCUAACCUGACUGCAUGUACUACCACUUUCUUCUUGAGCCCGCGAAGUGAUCCGUCAUCGUUGCCUCCUCCAAAGGCAGAUCCUCCAGCAGAGAAUAAGGAUUUGGAACUGGCUGUUGCCCCGCCCUCCCAACAGACCAUGACCAAUCUCUCUUCCCAGAAUGCGUUCAUGUGCAUGAAUGGUUCUCUGUAUUAGGUCCUGGCAGAAGGUAGAGCAUAUUAUCAGUGGAGAAAGUGACUGAAAAAGAGGAAAACAUAAUGUUUUUCCAGCCGUCGGCUUUUCUCCUGAACCUCAUGGUUUGUAUUAUGGUACAGAACAGCUUGGUAUCUGGCUGGUGUAACUGAAAGUGUUAGAUUGGAAUCUUUUGUGAAUGAGAAUUGUACUUUAA